UCACUCCAUGUUCUCUCUCGUUUCACCUUCAGUUUAGCUAGCAGCUCCACUUUUUAGUAUUCUUUUCAUUUCUUCUGCAUUUGCUUCCUUCAACCUCUGUCUAAAGAAGCUUGAGAGAUAGAGAAGCCAAAGAAAGAUAGAUAGAGAGGCCACUUGAUCCAAUAAAGAUCAGUUUUUUUAUGCUUUGAUCGCACACCCAUCUGAAGCUACUUAGUAUCAUGUCAUUCCCAUAUCCUUCUCCUCAAACCCAGCACUAUUCAAUGACUUUGUCUAAAAACUUUUGAUCUUUGUUUGAAAGCAAUAUAUUCUUUGAGAAACAAUGAGGGUCCAUUUCAUUGUUCGAUGAAUUGUACUUCUGUGCACUGUAAUUCCUGGUUCAUCUUCUUCUGUUAGCGAUGUUGAUGUCCUGCUCUCGCUGAAGCAAGGAUUUGAGUCCCCCAAACCGGCUUUAAGCACCUGGAGUUCUUCAAACUCUAGCUCGGUUUGUUUAUGGUCCAGGAUUAGAUGCUCGAGGGGAUGCGUGGUUUUGCUCAAGCUGACGGAUUUGAAUCUGGGCAGUUCUCUCUCCUUGUUUCUAGGCUCAAUGGCCUUGUCAAGCUCUCUGUCAGUCUACUCACUGGAGAUAUACCAUCAGAGGUCACGAGAUUCCAGAAGCUGAAACUUGUCAACCGCCUCUUAAACAAGCUAUACGAGUCGACUCCUGAGUUCCUUGCAGACCUCCCGAGUUUGGAAACUCUAGACCUAUGGUCAAACAACGUCACUGGUGUGAUUCCUGAGGAUCUCGGCAGGAAUGGGAAGCUUCAGGAUCUUGAUUUGUCCACCAACAAGCUCCCUGGAACGAUCGCUCGAGAUUUGUGCUCACUGAACCGGCUCAGGAUCUUGAUCCUGUUCAACAAUUUCCUCUUUGGGCCUAUCCCAGAAGCUCUAGGCUCAUGCUAUAGCCUAGUUAAGGUGAGGUUGGGGCAGAACUACUUAAAUGGAAGCAUUCCGAAUGGCUUCAUUUACUUGCCUCAGCUCAAACUCAUGGAAUUGUAGAACUACCUGUCAGGAGUUUUGCUAGAGAAUUGCAAAGGGUUCUUCCAUCUUCGUUCUCAACUUGUCUAGCCUUCAAAUCCUACUCAUUAGUGGGAAUCAACUUUCAGGUCCACUCCUGGCUUUUGUAGGGGACUUAAGGCAGGUGGUUAAUCUCGACCUGAGGCAGAAUUUCUUGUCAGGCGAGAUGCCACCGGAUAUCAGGAACUGUUAGCAUCUUACUUAUUUAGACAUCAGCCAGAACAACCUCUCCAAUUACUUGAACAUCUUUAGGAACCACUUAAACCAGCACUAAACUUGAAUAGCCUGAAUCCCACUAUUUUCUUCUGAAACAACUAAGUCACCAUUUUGCAUCUCCCAUCGCCACAGCCUUAUGCAGCUGCCACCUUCAACG